AUAGAAAAAUCGCCCUUAAAAUUUACAUUCCAUGCGACCCUAAAAUCCAUCAAUCCGCAUACGACGCCGUUUAGUUGCACCUGCUCAUCUAAAUCGCCGCGGUGUCAUUCGUUGGCAGUCUUCGGAACAUCCAAGGAGCCCUUCCUUCCCCCUUUGGUUUUCCGCCCCUAUAAUCCCCCCUUCUUCUGUCGUCGGGCGGCGCGAUCCAUCUUCUCUGCCAAUUCGCUUUACAAGGCGAGAGAAAGAAAUGGGGCAAGCUCUGGGUUGUGUACAAGUGGACCAGUCAACUGUUGCCGUUAGAGAAACUUUUGGAAAGUUUGAUGAGAUUCUUGAACCUGGGUGUCAUUUCUUGCCCUGGUGUAUAGGGAGGCAAAUUGCUGGGUAUCUUUCACUGCGUGUGCAGCAACUUGAUGUCCGUUGUGAAACAAAGACAAAGGAUAACGUGUUUGUCACCGUUGUUGCGUCUGUUCAAUACCGUGCUCUCGCUGGGAAGGCAUCUGAUGCUUUCUACAGGCUUAGCAACACAAGAGAACAAAUUCAAUCCUAUGUUUUCGAUGUCAUCAGGGCUAGUGUUCCAAAGCUGAACUUGGAUGAUGCAUUUGAACAGAAGAAUGAUAUUGCUAAAGCUGUAGAAGAUGAGCUUGAAAAGGCAAUGUCAAUGUAUGGGUAUGAGAUUGUUCAAACCUUGAUUGUGGAUAUUGAACCUGAUGAACAUGUCAAGAGGGCAAUGAAUGAGAUUAAUGCAGCUGCUCGGCUGCGGGUGGCAGCUAAUGAGAAAGCUGAAGCUGAAAAGAUACUGCAGAUCAAACGAGCAGAAGGAGAUGCGGAAUCGAAGUACUUGGCCGGAUUAGGUAUAGCAAGACAACGCCAGGCCAUUGUGGAUGGCCUGAGAGAUAGCGUGCUUGCUUUCUCAGUAAAUGUACCAGGAACAACAGCCAAGGAUGUCAUGGACAUGGUCUUAGUGACGCAAUACUUUGAUACCAUGAAGGAGAUUGGAGCCUCCUCGAAGUCCUCUUCUGUGUUCAUCCCCCAUGGGCCCGGAGCUGUGAGAGACAUUGCUACUCAGAUCAGGGAUGGCCUUCUUCAAGCCAAUACACUUCAGUAAGAGGAAGAAGGAGACACGGGUCCAUGUUCCGGAGACUUUGCCAUAAUGUUUGGGUAUUUAAACCUUUUAAGUAGUGUUUGAUUUAAGUGUGCCGUGGAUGUAUAAAUAAUGCAGCAGUUAAUAUCUGUGUCUGUGGUGUCAAUAAGUUUCUUGUUAGGGUAUACGAGUGUAUUGGUCUAUUAUGCUCUUAGCAAUGAAUGCCUUGUGAAUUUGGUUCUGUAGA